AUGCCGAAGGCGGAGUUUGGUACAACGAAAUGGAUGAGCAACAAGAUCAAGGCUUCGGGGCUGCAGAAGCUGCGGUGGUAUUGCCAGAUGUGCGAAAAACAAUGUCGGGAUGAAAAUGGAUUCAAGUGUCAUCGGAUGUCGGAAGGGCAUCAGCGUAUGAUGCAGAUUUUUAUCCAGAAUCCGACCAAGUUCAUGGACGACUUCUCCCAGGAAUUCGAACGUGAAUUCAUGCGGCUCAUGCAGACGAGAUACUGCAGAACGCGCGUGCUGGCGAACUCGGUCUACAACAACAUUGUCGCGGACCGCCAGCACAUUCACAUGAAUUCCACCAUUUGGGUCACGCUCUCGGAAUUCGUCCAGUACCUGGGCUCGACGAAUAAGUGCAAGAUCGAGUUGACACCCAAGGGGUGGUACGUGGAGUACAUCGACCACGACGAACGCCGCCGGCUGGAGGAGCAGGAGAAACGCCGCAAAGUCGAGUUGUCUCAGGAGGAGGCGAAGGCUCGGCGGCUCGACGAGCUGGUUGAAGAAGCGAAACGCCGUGGAGGAUAUCAGCAACCUGAAUACACACCGCUGUUGAGGAAAGAAGGCGACAACAAAAUCGUGUUGCGAGGCUUGGCUGUUUCGGCUGAGAAGGCUGGGGGAAAGGAAGACGGAUCAGGCGGAGGGCGCCCCGCCAACGCUCUGAAACUUCUCGAAGCCGAGCUCAAGAGGAAACGGCGCGCUGGCGACGUGCCGCACAAAGAAACUUCGGCAGGGAGGGACGAGGCUCGAGACCGCAAAGGCGGCGCCGCGACGAAGCUGCCGUUGGAAGCGGAAGGCGCCCCGAGUUCGAAGAAAAUGCGAUAUCCCCUUCAAGAGGCUGAGUGGCUUCGCCUGGAGAUCGAGCGAGACCACGCGGAGCCCCGCUGUGCCGCCCCUGAGGAGAGAGAGAGAGCGAGCGUGGAGGACGAGUGGGGGGCCUACAGGCGAGAUGCGAAGAACGGCUUUGACGGCCUCUGCCGGCGCUUAGCGGACGCGCGUAGAGCGAGAAGCAGCGUUCGCGAAGGGAGCUGCUCACGCGGAGAUAGCCCUGACCACGCACACCCAGGCGAGAGACUCCGCCGACGGCCAUCAGAGUCGCCCGAGAGCGAGUGCGGACGAGACCAAGGCAGAACAGACCAGGUCGAGGAUCUGGAGCCUCCCCCUCAUAAGCACCGUGACAAAGACUGGUGGCUGCGGGAAGGCUGCGUUGUCAAAGUGAUGCACGAGGAGCUCGGUGAUGGACGCUUUUACAAACAGAAAGGGAAAGUUCUCAAGGUCGAGGACAGAUAUGCGGCGUACGUCAAGAUGCUUGAGAGCGGAGACCUGAUUCGACUCGAUCAGACCAUGCUCGAGACAGUGAUUCCCAAUAUCGGCGGGAGUGUGCGGAUAGUGCUCGGCGAGUGGAGAGAUCAUGAAGGCAAGAUGGACGGCCUAGACACGGAUAACUUUUGCGUCCACGUGGUCAUCCACGCGGGGCCCAUCUUCAAGGCGCGGCCGGGUCUCGCUCCCUUCGUCGUGAAGGGUCUGCCGUACGAGCACGUUUGCAAGGUCGGUUGA